AUGGCUCCUGAGAGAACACUCUCCAUGUCACUGCUGCAGCUACUGAUUCUGGUGGCUAUACUGAAGGCAGGAACAGCAAUGCCACGAAAUCCAGUAUGCCCAAAUACUGAGGACAAGAACUUCCCUCAGAGUGUGACGGUCAACCUCGAUAUCCUUAACGAAAAGAAGGGUAGGAUAAAAGAUUAUCACAACCGAUCCACCUCACCUUGGAGUCUCCGCCCCAAUAAGGACCCUGAGAGAUAUCCCCCUGUGAUCUGGGAGGCAGAGUGCCGUGACUUGCACUGUGUCGACGCUGAUAGGAAGACCAACUACCACCUGAACUCCGUCUCCAUCGAGCAAGAGAUCCUGGUCUUGCGCAGGGACUCUCAGAACUGCCCCCACUCCUUCAGGCUGGAGAAGAUGCUGGUCAAAGUGGGCUGCACCUGUGUCAUCCCCAUUGUCCACCAUCUGGCUUAA